AGCAACAGGGGAAGAACUGCCACUGAGCAUGCUUUCUUUGUGCCCUAAUAAGCUAGCAAUGCCUGAAAAAGAACUUAAUCUCACGUAAGAGAUAAAUUUGUUUUUGAAUUAUAAAGAUGGCAAAGUAUUUCUACUGAGCCUUCUGCAGACAAUGACCCUUGUGAUUGGCAAAUUAUGUGCAUUCUUCAGAAAAAAAGUUCUUAUAUACCUGAUAACUUUUGCUAUGGUUUCUUUACUGAAUCUUCUGCUAAUAUUCAAAUAAUGUAGCUGGCUAAACCUUUACCAUUAUAGAGGAAUUAUUACUAAAGGAGAGAGUGAAUAUGUUCUAGAAACUUGGAAUGUUGGAUUUACCAUCCUUUCCCUGACGUAAAUUUUCCCUGACGUAAAAGGACCCUUGCUUUAUUGCAUUCCAGUAAGAUCAUUGCACAGAAGACUGAGAAUUUGCAGAUGAAGGUUAGAGGUGAAGGCAAGAGCACCAGAGAGCCCCUGGAUUAAUGCAGUUGCUUGGGAAAACUCUAGUAACGCUGAGCAGGGUCUUGAAGUAGUCCGUGGAAGUUAUUCAGAGGAAAAUAUGGUUCUUGAUGUAAUUAAGAUGAGAGAUCACAUUAAAACAACCACGUUGUUGUCCCAGUGUUUCUCCAGAUCAAGCUAAAGGAACUUGCUUUCAUGUGAGAUGUUGCUUCCUCCAAGAUGAGCACUGUCAGGAGAUAAUUAAGGAUUUUUUGAGGUACAGAAGUCACUUUUAACGAUCCACUUCACAGAGCAGCUCUCACACACAGAUGCCCUGGCAGCAGCUGAGCAGGCCUCCCCGAGAAGCUGAUCAGUGCAAUGAAAAGACUACUGUUAUCUAGAGGAAAUACAUAAAACCAGAGGUGGCUGGUGAAGGAUUCACUGUGGGAUUUCAACAGCAUUGCUAUUGCUGCUGUGUUUUUCCUCUGCUGUCCUGCCUUUCCCAUGACGGUUUCCCAGUUUUUACGUUACGGAUUUGAGCAUGGCCACCCAGCCACACACUGUGACCAAGGUGGAGAUCCCUGACCACGUUCUUUACACUGUAGGAACAUGCGUUCUUGUUAUCGGCUCCAUUGGCAUCAUAGGAAACCUCCUAGUUCUCUAUGCAUUUUACAGCAACAAGAAGCUGAGGACGCCCCAAAACUACUUUAUAAUGAAUUUGGCUGUGAGCGACUUCCUGAUGUCGGCUUCUCAGGCACCAAUGUGCUUUGUCAACAGCUUGCACAGAGGGUGGAUCCUUGGAGAUAUAGGUUGUGACUUGUAUGCUUUCUGUGGAGCGCUCUUUGGAAUAACCUCGAUGAUGACCCUGUUAGCUAUAUCUGUUGACCGCUACCUGGUGAUCACCAAGCCCCUGCGAUCCAUUCAGUGGACCUCAAAGAAACGCACCGUGCAGAUCAUUGCUGCCGUGUGGCUGUACUCGCUGGGGUGGAGCGUGGCCCCACUCUUUGGGUGGAGUUCCUAUGUGCCUGAGGGCUUGAUGAUUUCCUGUACAUGGGACUAUGUAACUUACUCCCCUGCAAACAGAAGUUACACCAUGAUUUUAUGCUGCUGCGUAUUUUUUAUUCCCCUGAUAAUAAUAUUCCAUUGCUACUUAUUUAUGUUCCUGGCCAUAAGAAGUACCGGCAGAGAUGUUCAAAAGCUAGGAUCCUGCAGCCGGAAAUCCUACCUCUCUCAGUCAAUGAAGAAUGAAUGGAAAUUGGCCAAAAUUGCUUUUGUGGUCAUCAUUGUGUAUGUCUUGUCCUGGUCUCCAUAUGCUUGCGUCACUUUGAUUGCCUGGGCAGGCCGAGGCAACACACUAACUCCGUAUUCCAAAUCUGUGCCAGCUGUUAUUGCCAAAGCUUCUGCAAUCUACAACCCCAUCAUAUAUGCAAUAAUUCACCCGAGAUACAGAAAAACCAUCCACAAUGCUGUUCCCUGCUUGCGGUUCCUGAUACGAAUAUCGAAGAAUGACCUCCUGAGGGGCUCCAUAAAUGAAUCAUCAUUCCGAACCUCUCUCUCCAGCCAUCAGUCUCUUGUUGGCAAGACCAAGAGCACUUGUGUUUCAUCAGUUUCCACUGGAGAAGCUACCUGGAGUGAUGUAGAGCUUGACCCUGUAGAGCCAGCUCAUGAGAAACUGCAGCCUCAACGAAGUCACUCUUUCUCAACAAGACUGAGUCAGGAGAAGAGAGAUCUGCUCCCUGAGACCUGUAGCUACAACACAGCAGCUGUAGAAAAGGUGUCACUGUCCUCCAGUUGUCUGGAGAAGGUGCUUGGGCAGUCAGUCCUCCACAGUCCCCCUGAAGCACUUGUGGCCAGCUCCCUAAGAGCAGCUUCUCUGCCUGUCGGUUUGAAUAGCACCAAUGUCAGCAGAGGAGGAGGCUCAGACACUUCACGGAUGGAAGCUCAAGAAAGUCAAAAUAAUGGAGGCCUGGACUCUAUCAUUAGCAAUACAGUCCCUCGCAUCAUUAUCAUUCCUACCUCAGAGACAAACCUAUUUCAAGAGGAACUGGAUGAGGAAGAGACUGAAUUAUUCCACUUCCAUGACAAAAAGAGUAAUCUAUUGGAUUUGGAAGGGCUUAGCUCAUCAACAGAGUUCCUCGAAGCAGUUGAGAAAUUUCUAUCAUAAGUGUGUCAAAAGAAGACUUUCUGGCAAUUAUUUUCUUGGCAUCUUCUCCACUUAAUUAUACCAAAUAACUGAAGCCUUGUAGCUUAGAUCAUCAGGCUUCUUGUAUGUUUAUAUAGUAGUCACUAGGCAGCAUUCAGAUUUAUCUUUGUCCAGACCAGUUCAGGCAUGGAAACAAGCUUUCUUUCAGACUAAGCUGCAGGAAAUGAGCAGUGGAAGAUCUGGCAGCGUGAUCGAGUAGCAUCAGUUGAGUCGUUCUCCUGCUUCAUGGGGCCCUGAACCUUGAUUUGUAACCAAAGAUGCCAGAAGAAGGAAAAAGAAUUGAACCAAGAGCAGGGGGAGCUGCUGAAUGUUUCUGCUACCUGCAUGGGAAACAGCAUUCGUGUUUUGGCAGCUCUUCUCUGGAUGGUGAAGGGAAGCACCACAAGGCCACAGCUUCCACCAGCCCCAGAGGUAAUACUGCUAGACGACCUGAACUUUUAAUCAAAUCAUUUUCAGCAUUUUUACUUUAUUUUAAUUUUUGUAAUAGGCAGCUUCCUAAACAUAAAUAGAUGGACUUACCAUGUAACUGGGAAGUAACUGCUUGCUUAUAAAGGUUAGUGAUAGAAGUUUGGAUUUUACCUCAGCAUUAGUGCAAUCGCCUGAAUGUCGCAAUGCAAGGUGAAUGUGCUAAAUGCAAUGUGCUAAAACUUAUAAUUCUACCUACAGAAGCAUUUAGAGCACCUUCACUUACAAUGUUGAUUAAAUGUGGAUGAAUCCUAAUGAAUCUGUGAUUAAAAGGUGAACUUCCACAACUGGCUUGACAAUUCAUUGAUGAGAAAUAAAGCCUUGGCUGCUAUAGAUCA